GGCACCUCAUUGGUCGGUGGGUAAAAAGGGGACACGCUGGAUCUUGUGCAAUGAAGUUUUAAUUAAUGUGGGUGGGCUGAGAACACAACCAAUGUUUAUGAUGGACAAUUUAUUUUCCCCGUGCAAAGUCAACACAACACUGCAAAAACGCACAACAAUUAUUUGACAUUUUUUGGUUUAGACUUUCGUGAGGCGGACAAGGGGCGCACACCGAGACUCAGUCCAGGAGAGGAACUCUGCGCGCCGGCUGUUUGGUCAACUUUUCCCUGCACGGAUACCAUCCGUGAUUAUUCGUUUACGAUGAGUCUGUAUCACCCCCGACUUCAGCAUCUCGGGGUACCACCUCCGUCGCUCGGCAUCUCCAACCAUCCCCCGAUGGUUUACCUGUAUGGCGGGGAAAACAGCGGCAUGGUUCCCGCGCUGAGCUUCCUCUCGGCGCGCCAGCAGGAGCCUCCUCAAAAGCCCCCCUACAGCUACAUCGCGCUCAUCGCCAUGGCGAUCAAGAACGCGCCGGACAGGCGCGCGACGCUCAGCGGCAUCUACAAGUUCAUCAUGGAUCGCUUCCCCUUUUACCACGACAACAAGCAAGGGUGGCAGAACUCCAUCCGACACAACCUCUCGCUGAACGACUGCUUCAUCAAAGUGCCUCGGGAGAAAGGUCGACCCGGCAAGGGGAGCUACUGGACCCUCGACACCAAAUGCCUUGACAUGUUCGAGAACGGCAACUACAGACGGAGGAAACGGAGGCUCAAGAGCAGACAGCAGCAGGAGAGCGACUCACCGUCUGGGACGAAGCGGGCGAAGGUGCCGGGGGGACAGUCCGGCGCUCGACCGGCCUUUGCAGAGGCGCUGUGCGGUGAGGAUGUAGGUAUCUCGCACAAGGGAGCAAUGAAGCCCAAAGAGCCCGCGUAUGCGCCCCGGGAUCAAAGUUUAAAGCCCAUUCUUGCAGAGUUGCAACAUUCUGGCAUGCAGCAAAACACUCCAUCGAGAAAGUCCACGGAGAGCUUCGGCGCAGCAUCCAACCGGAGACAGCAACCGGUGCCAAGAGCAUCCGUGCAGCGUUUCGCGCCGCCAGCACAGGCAUCCACGGCGCGCGUGGAAGAUCUCCCAGAGCCUACUGUCCGACAAGAUAAAGAAGAUGAAGAGGCGAGGUCCGUUUUCAGCGGGCGAGAGAAUGGCCAGCUCAGUAUAUUGGUGCAUGACAAAACCAAGGGAAUUAGUGUUCCACAUCACGAGGGCAGCAGGCCCACUGAUAGAUCACAUUCAUUCAGCAUUGACAAUAUAUUGUCCAAAAACAACGUCAAUAACGCGGACAAGGUUUCCUUCCUUGGGUUGAGUAAAGACACAGAGUGCCAAAGCCCUUAUGGGGCAUCUUUUGUCCUCGGUAUGCACGCACAUCAACUGUACCAAAUGGGACUUCCACUAUGUUCCUACAUAUCUCUGCCUUAUCACGACAAAUUGCAUUUUUUCUAAACAAUUGCGUUUGAAACAAAAAGCUCACUUUAACUGUUCAAAAGUUAUAUGCCUAACCUUUGACUGAACUGGGAUUGUGACUGUGAGAUAACUUAUUUGUUAAACAGCAUCAUAAUUGUUAUCCAAACAGACUUUUUUAAUGAUGGCAGCCUGUCAUAAUCAUGGCCUUCUUCAGUGUUCAUUCAUAUUCCUCUAUAAAUAGAACAACUCAAGAACUCUUAUAUUUCUUGCUCAGUUGAUAGUAAUUCAGGUAUUCUGCUUAGGAAAUAUACAAUACAUAUCUUUCUUGAAACCUCCCAUUCAACAGCACUAUUGCUGAACGGAUGCACAGCUGUCUGUUUAAAAUCCUGCAGAAAGCUCUUAAGUGCAUACGGAUGUUGUCAUUGUCCAUGUAAAUGUUUAUGGAACAUGGGAUGUAUCUUUCUCUCUUCUUUCAUAAAGGGACAGGGUUUAAUCUACACACAUAUGUACAUGUUCAGAUAAAUCUCUCCUCCAAGAUUUUGAAAGGUCCUUCAUCAAGUGUAUAGAACUCCAAAACUUUAACCAGAUUUGUUCUACAUUUCUCAUUGUUGUGAAUUCUGUUUUACAACAUAAAUUAUUCUCUGUUACAUGACAAACGACAAAUCAGUUAGAUGAAAAGUUGUGAUUAAAUGGAAAAAAUGUGGUGUUGAACUGGCGCUCGCUGUUGAGGUUGGUUGGUUCACAUUGAUUAUAGUAAUAUACAACAAGUCAGUCCUACUCAUCAUUGAAUUCAAUGUUAUGAUGAGGAUGCAGAAUUAUCUAGCACCCAUUCCUUCUUCUCCGAGUGCCACCAUUAGGGCAUCCAACCACACAGGUGCACAGGUCGUCACAGUCACACCGGUCACCUUCUAUCCAUCUGAGGAGAAGAGCUAAUGUUUAGCAGCGAGCUUCACUCACACUCACACUAUUUUUCUGUGACCUAAUGAUCAGUUAUAAUAUGACAUUGUAGUGUACUGUAUAACCACAUGUAUGGAUAUUAAAGGGAGCAAGGUACAAGCAUAA